AUGCAUACUCUUAGGACAAGCCUACUAUUAUGUAUGCUAAUCUACAUAAAUUAUGCAGGGUAAGCUUAAAAACUAUUAUUAGUUCAGAAGCACUGAGCUUGCUAAAUCAGAUGCAACCAAAAUUCAAAGAGGAAUCUGAUUUAGGAUCUGAAGACCUAAUAUAUAAGAAAGUCACCGAAUAAUUAAAAUAAUAGAAGCCUUACUUGUAGAUUGAUGAAGAGGAUACUAAGAACGAGGUUUCCUUUAGAGAAUUUUAUAAAAGUGUACGAUCUGGCAAACAUGAGAUAGUUGAAGAUGAGGAGGAGAUUAAUAUCGUAGAACCAGAACAUAAGGAGAUUGAAAUUCAAUCCUACUUAUAAGAAUUGAGUGAUGGACUUGAACCAUAAACUGAAAGUAUUGUAGAAACGGAACUUCAAACUGAUCCUGAAAAGUUGGGGAAGUUUAAGAAAUAUUUUAUCAAAGAAGAAGAACCUAAACUAGAAGUUAACGUAGAAACUAAAAUAGAAAAUAAUCAACCUAUUGAAAAGAAAAUGACUUUGAGAGAGAAAUUGGAAAUGAAAAAAAAAUAGGCCCAAUAACCACCAGUUGUAGCUGCAAUUUAAAUUAAAUAAGAAGUAAAUACCCAAGAAUAAGUGACUAAUCCAUCAGAUUAAAAUGUUGGUAAAACAACAUUAAUGAAAAAGAUUGAAGAAUUCAAGAAAUAGAAAUAAUCAAAGGAAACAUAAGAGUCAUAAUAACCAAAAGAAGAAAUCGUAUAAGAGUAAAACAUAAAACCAGUACAUGAGAAUCCCUUGAGAAAACUCUUAAAUAAGAAGGCAGAGGAGAAAAAAGAAAAAGAAGUUUAGUAAUAAGUGGAGAAAUCAGUAGAAGAGAAAUAGGAUGCAUUAUUAGGGUUAACACAAGAAGUAGAAUUAGAAAGCAAAUACGUAGAGAUUGAAGACUAGAUAGAUGGGUAAGAAAAUAAAAAUGUUGUAGAAGAAAAAGAAUCAUCACAUUUUGAUCAGGAUCCUUCACAAUCUCAAGGUGAAUCUAAUUUAGAAGAAAUAGACCAAGAACAUGAUGAAUCUCAUCAAGAGUAUAUCACAUCUGACGAUAAUAAUUAUAUUAAUGAUGAAAAUAUUUAAUAAUAGUAAUAAUCAGAAUAAAAAGAAGAAGAGUAAUAAUAAUAAUAAGAGUAAAAAUUGUAAUAAGAAGAUGUAUAAUAAUAAGAAUAAUAAGAAUAAUAAGAUGUCUAAUAAGAAUCUGAGUAGCAAAUUGAUUCGAAAACUUAGAUUAAUAAUGAAUCCUUAAGUUUUAAUUCAGAUUCAUCAGAUAAUAUAGUUCAAGAAGAGGAUCAAAACUAAUAGGAAAUAUAGAAUGAUGAUUAAAUUAAUCCAUCAGUUGAGAACUUGGAAUAAGAAGUAAAUAAUAAUAAUCAAUAAGAGCAAGAUUCAUAAUUAACUUAAACGGUUGAUAAUUAAGAAUAAAAUGAGAAUUAAAUCAAUUAGGAUAUACUUUAGGAUAAUUAAUAAUAACAGUAAUUCGAACUAGAAUAACCUUAUGAUGAAUAAUAAGAAUUAGAGGAUGAAACUCAGAAUGAAUAAUAAUAAUAAUCAUUAGAUGAGGAAAAUUAAGAUGAAAAAUUAAUUGUAGAUCAAUAAACUUAAAAUACAUAGAAUGAAGUAGAAAAAAAAGAAAUUCUUAAUGAUGAUCAAGUAGAAAAUACAUUGUCAUAAGGUUUUGUGAUGGAGAAUAAUGUAGAAACUUCGAAUUAUCUUGAAGAAGUGUAAGAAGCAGAAAAGCUUAGGAAAAAAAGAGAAGUAGAAGAGAUUAUUUAAGAAGAAGAAAGAAUUAAAUAGGAAUUAGAAUAAAAAAAGUUAGAGGAUGAAAUGAAAUUAAAUGAAUUAUAAGAAGAAUAGUAACAUUUGAUUGAUGAUAAAUAGAAAGAAGAAGAAUAAAUACAAUAAGUUGAAAAAUAAAUUGAAUUAGAGCAAAGUGAAUUGUAAGAUUUUGAUUCAGAAAAGGAUGGAUAAUUAUAAACCUAAGAGAAAGAUAUCAAAAAAGAUGAUAUCUAGGAAUUAUAACCUUAGCAAGAAACAUUAUAAGAAGCUCCAAAUGACUAGACAGAUAAUAAUUCCUAAUAAGCUGUGGAGGAAUAGCCAGUCAUUUUAUAAGAUAAAAUUGAUUCUAAAGAAAUUAAAUCAGAUGAAGAUCUCAUUAAAUCUUAAGAUGAGACCUUAGAAAAUGGUUUUAGCAUUGAUGAAUAUGAAAGGUAAUAACAUAGAAAUGAAGAAAAAAAAGCAGAAGAUGAUCCAUCUACGUAUGCACAAAGCAGUGAAUUGUUUCAUAAUAGCGAUUAUACUUCUUAAAUUGUAAAUGACUAAGAAGAUUAAGUGAUUGAAUAAUCAGUCCCAACACUUUAGAUUAAUGAAUAGUAAACUGAAGGUAUUUAAUAUGAACCUUAAAUCUAAAUAAGUUAAGAGGUUAAAUUUGAUGAUAUCUCCAAUAACUAAGUCUUAAAUAAUUAAGAUUAAGAUGGAUAAAGCGAUCAAAAUAAUAUCACAGAAUUACCAAUCACUGAAAAUUAAUCAAAUGAAGAAUAAUAUAUCAGCCAAGAUUAAUUUGUAGAAGACCCUACAGCAAAAGAACAAGAGUAGUUACUUUCUUUAGAUAAUCAAGUUGAGCAAGCUAAUGAAGAAAACUAAAUUUCUAAUGAGUCAUCCUAGGAUUCAAUUGAAGUAGAAUCUUCUAAUGAGAGCAUUGAGGGAACAUAAAAUUAAGUAUAUUCAUAAUAGGAGACAUUAAUUAUAGAAAGUGAUACUCCAAACUUAAUCCCUAUCGAUGAAAGUCAAUCUAACAGUUAUCAAUAUGAAUAAGAAGCUGAUAAUGAAGACAAUGAUGUCGUGUAAUUUGAUGUUUACAAUUCAUCCUCAAAUGUUGAUACACAAAAUAAGGAAUCAUAAGCUGUAGAUCAAAUAAAUACUUAAUAGUAACCUAUCAUUGAGAGAGUGACAUAAUAGGAUGUUGAAGACACAUCAAAUUUGCUUUCAGUCAACAAAAUUCAUUCUUUUUCCUUAUUACAAUAAGAUAUGAAGGUUGAUGACACUAUCAAAAUUGAAUAUAUUGAUUUAGAAACAAAGUAAGAUUAAUCAAUUUCAAAGAAUACUUUAAUUCAUCAUAAGAGAUAAUAAAGUAGUUUUUUGCAACUUGAGGAAACUGAGAUGGAUUACAAUGAAGAACAGUUUGAGAUCUUUAUGGCUUAGAAGAAAUAACAAGAACAAAUGGAAAAAGAGAAAAAGAGAAAGAAGUUAAAAGCAAGAGAAGAGAAACAAAGAAAAUUAGAAGAAGAGUAAUAUCAGUAAUAAUUAAUACAAUAAAAAUAACAAUAAGAAAUUUUAAAAUAAUAAUAGCAGUUGAUUGAAUUACAAAAUUAAUAAUUAUUGAACAAACAAAAAUAUAAGAUGGCCACUAAAUAGAAUAAUUAGGUUAUUUUGGAAAGUAAACCUAUUAAAGGAGAUAACUUUAGUCACUUAUAAAAGUAACAAUCACAAAUACAACUCUUAAAUCAAUAAAUCGAUACAGAAUUUUCAUUCUAGUAAAUUCUUUCACGAGUGGAAAAGGAAUAAAGGCAAGGAUAAAAGCAACUAAGGAGCAACUCUAAGCAUAUUAAGAAUGCUGACUUAAAUUUCUUUUAAUUGACUGAAAGUAUAAGUUUUAUAAUAACUAGAAUAAUAAUAAAAUAAGAUUUCCUUAUAAUCUUAAGAUCUCUUUGAAGCCAUUAAAUAAGAGAUUAAAGAAUGUGAUUUAAAUAAUUACACCAAUAAUUUGUGCUAGUUAUGUUAAAGUGAUGUAGUAUAUGAGAUAAAUGAUGAUAAUUGGUAUCUCAUUGGAAUUGCAUAUGGAUUAAAGUAUCACAAUUAAUCAAAUAUUAAAGGAGACAUUUCUAGAAUCUUUUGAACACAGUGUAAUAUCACUUCAAGAAUGCUAAAAUAUACACUUCAUUCAAUAAGGAAUAAUAAGUAUGCCUAACAUUAGGAGAUUAAUUCGAAAUUGAAAAUCUAGAAGAGAUUCUUGGCUAUUACAAUAAUCAGACUUUGCCUAGAAAUUCUUAAUUUUUAAAGAUUCCACAAAAAGUAUUAAUAUAUCAAAUAUUUCUAGAUUAAGGCAAAUUUUGCUUAGAUGAAGGUAGAUUUGAAUCAGCAUAAAUUUAUGAAUUUCAGUUUAAAUGCUGCAAUUAGAAAUUAGGAACAUCACAACGGAUUCACAGUGACAGAAUAACAAGUUAAGCUAUCUUAAGAUUUUGAUUACAUACAAUAGGGCAGUAUCCUAUAUCCAGGACAGUCUAUUCCAUAUAAAUUGAAUAUAUAGUCUAAUGGAAUCGAAAAUAUGUAAUUAGAAUUGAAUCCUCAGAUAUAUGAAAAGGUUUUAGAAAACUAUUUGGCAAAAAAUUACUUACAAUAGAUAUAAGUGACAUAUAGGGACAGCCUAAAGAGUAAUUUUGUAGUGGUUGAUAAUGAUGAGGUCUUAGAACUUGAGAUUACAAUAUAAAAAUGA